AUGUCCAACCCGAAGGAUGCAUUCCAGGAACUUGUCCGCAUCCUCUCAUCUAGAGACAACCAAGUCCUUGAGAUCGAGAUUAUUCCACCAAGUCUAGGCGCUUCAUUCCUACAAGAUGGCUGCUCAGUUGGUAUAGCAAAGAAAGCACUAGUGCAGGCCUUCACGGUCGCGCGACAGAUCUUCUUCGACCGGUUAAUACCAUUGUCCGAAAAUGACUUGCAAGUCUCAAUCUCUGAAGCCCAAUAUGGAAAUGCAGACUCGGUCAUUACAGAGGUCAUCCUCCUCUUCGACUGCGAACAUCUCACAGCCUGCAAUUGGCGCAAGCGCCGACUGCGCGCCGCCCUGGCCUGUAACAAGACGGCUGUCGCCCAGGAGCUGUUAGAGGCCGAGCUCACGCUCAUGUCGAGCUACCAGUGCUCACCGCUGCAUAGACACACCAAGUCACCGACGCUUUGGCAUCAUCGGCUGUGGGUGGUGGGUCAUCUCCUUGGAAAUCGACACUGGGGCAGCGGGGAAUUGCUCGAGUUGCAACGAACAGAGCUGGAUGGCGUUCUCCGGGCUGGGGAACUUCACCCCAAGAAUUAUUAUGCAUUCAACUACAUGCGUCAGCUGUGUGUGCUUCUCAGUGAUACAGUCGCGUCGGUGGCUGAGCAACCGAUCUGGAAGACUGAAUCGGCGCUGUCGAUUAUCGACCCGGUCAUCAAUUGGUGCUUGGCCAACCCGCGCGAUAUAUCGGGCUGGAGCUUUGGAAUAUAUGUGCUAAGCAAUGUCGCUGGCCCGCAAUAUCGGGUGCGUACUAUUUCGAGGGUCGUUGAGUUUGCGCUCAACAUUGGAUGGGAAGGCGAGAGUCUCUGGACUUUCGUUGAUCACGCCUCGGGACAAUUCGGCCUCGAAAGCGUGGUUGAAGAUACCAUGGCAUUGCACAGUGGUCAAGCAACCAGGUUCAGUGACUCUCCGACGGCCCCAGAGGGUCGACAUAACAAGUCGUGGCAGACCUGGCUGGCCCGGGCAAGAGUGUGUCGGGAGGCGGAAGGCCAAAGGCAAAGUAUGUGA